AUGGAGGUCGAAACCCUGGCUGAAGGUGACGACUCCCUCGAGCCCAAGAUGCUCGACGGAACCCCGUUUGUUCCUCGGACGCCAAUGGGAGAGAUGAUGUCCGCUCCCCCCGAGGGCGGUAGUUUCCCGACCCUGGAGGCGGUCCAUAAGAGUGUUCUCGCGUACUGCACGUCGGUCGGCUACGCGAUUGUCAUUGGACGCUCCAAAAAGACAGUCCCUGGCUUGAAGAAAGUCCUGUUCGUGUGCGACAGAGCGGGCAAACCGCCGAGCCGUGUCAGCCCUGAGUUCCGCAAGCGCAAGACGUCGUCGCGCAAAUGCGAUUGCCAGUUUGGCUUCUUUGCCAUCGAGCAGCGAACCCAGUGGACGAUUCGAUACCGACCCGAUCCGCAGCAUCUGCAGCACAACCACGGGCCGAGCGAAAGCCCGCUCCUACACCCGGCCGCUCGCAAGCUAGACAGCAAGAUGGUCGCCGCCGUCAAGGCUCUCAAAGAGAACGGUGAGCCGACAAAGACCACACCACGAGAAAGAGCAGCCGCUGACUCUUCGACAGGGGUUAGUGUUAACGAGACACUCGAAAUACUUCAAAACGAAAACCCUCACGUUCCCCUGCUUCCUCGCGACAUCUACAACGCCCGGGCUGCGAUCAACCGGAAUCCACAAAAGGUGGCCACUGGCCUGGCCGAGAACCGACCGGCGAUUUACAGCAAACCACAUCCCACGGCUGAAGAGCGCAUUCGGGCGGACCUCAGAAAGGAACUCGCCAAAGCCCGUGAGGAGUUUGACAAGUUCAAGGAGGACAAGCAGAAGGAGGUGGACGAGCUGAAGAAGAAGCUCGUGGAGAAGGACCAGAUCAUUGAGAGGUUCGAGAUGUUUAUCGACAUCUGUAACCAGCGUGUCAUGGUUCAACGGGAAAGGCUUGGCGGCCCCGAGGGCGCCGGCAACAACGGUACUUGA